UACCUGUAAAACAGUUUUAUACAGAAAAGGCACAGGAUUAAAAUAACCUUUUACAUGCAAUUUAUUAAGAUAAUUGUUUCACAUUUGUUUUUUAGUAAGUUUUAGGAGGAUGUAGAAGACGUAACUUGGAAGCAAAGAUCGCGGAGGACAGAGAAAUAAUUGGAAGGGUUUGAUUUGGUGAUCCAACAGGAGCAGUAGAGUGAGAGUGAGAGUAAGAGAAGAAUGGAGGAAUCGGGUGGCGAGUGGUGGUGCAUUUCGGCAGUAAAGAUGAUAAUGGAGUCGAUAAAGAUUAUAGCCUGCAACAAACUUGUGUUCGCAUCAAUCAUGCUUCUCACCACCCUCCCUCUCUUCACGCUUCUAAUUUCCCAAUCCAUCUCCACCCACUCCCUCACCUCGCAAAUUCACCAUCUCGAGGCCCUCGCACGCUACGCUCCCACACGCUUCGAGGCCCGACAUGUCUGGCGCCAGUCCCGCCACGACGCACUUUCCCUCCUCCGCACCAAAGCCCUCUUCUCCCUCCCCUCCUACCUCCUCUCCCUCACCGCAGCCCUCUCCGCCGUCCACUCCACCCGCCUAGCGCUCCACGCCAACACCACCCUCUCCCUCCUCUCCGCGGCCCUCCGCCUCUUCGCCACCACCAUCUUCGUCUACGCCAUCCUCUUCGCCUUCUCCCCCAUCCCGCGCUUCCUCGCUGCCCUCGCCUCCUCCACGGCCGCCAGGAUCCUCCUCCUCGCCACCGGGUCCGCCCUCGAGAUUUACCUCAUGGCCGUCAUGAGCGUCGCUCUUGUGGUCUCCGUCGCCGAAGAGAGGUUCGGCUGGGACGCCAUUCGGGUCGGAUCCGCUCUGAUGGAGGGGAGCCGGGCAUGCGGGUGGGCCCUGUCGGGUCUGUCCGUACUGGGGUCGAGCCUGAUCGGGUCGAAGGUGGAGCGGUUGAUGGAGGCCGAAGAUUGGAUCAGGGUUGAGGAUAAAGCCGAUGUGAUAGUUGGGUACGGUUUGUUAGUGCUGUGAUUGUAGAAAACGCCGUCCGAUUAGGGAACCCCAACCAGAGGAUCUGCAACUAUCUGUAAUUAAUCUUGAGGAGAUGCUGGUAGAAGGAAUGAAUAACGAAGGAAGUUGUUUUGGUCUUAACAGCAGAUAAGGAGGUUGUUUUGGUCUUUACUGUGGAGUACACCAGUAACUAACGGAAGCCCGCAAACUUAACAAAUUUUUUUCCGUGGAGUUGAAGCAUCCACAUUCAGGUACCAUUUGAAAACUCCACGUUCAGGUACCAUUUGAAAUAUAUAUAAUCAUUAAAAAUAUUUAAGAAAUGCGUUUAAGUUUAAUACUUUCAGAUAAUGAAAAAAUAUGGUUUAGUGUAGAGUAUGUCUCGAACUAGAUUCCAUGAUUAGGCAGCUGGCUGAAUAGAACGUCUUAAAUUUUUUUAUGAGCAUUAUUAUUAGAGAUGUAACAACUUUUUAUGAAUAGUUGUUUUUAUAAAUAUCUUCUAGUGACUCAAAUUUAAAUACGAUUUUAAGGUA